AUGAAUGUUCCCAAAAAUUCUUUUUCCCAUGGCUAUAUUUUAAAUAAAGGGCCCCAUAAUUGCAUUGAAAACCCAAAAACAUUUCUAGCGGGCAUUUGGGCACAGGAAAUGGCUUGUGGGGAAUGCCCCUCUCAUGAACACCUGCGGACAGAUAAAGACACCUGCUCUUCAACCUUUGUUUUUUUACCAGUUCCCUUAGCAUACACCACAAGAGCUUUACUUGUCGUGCCUUCAAGUUGUGUUUGUCUAACUGACACUUGGCAAAGGGUCUUUGUUCCUCGCGACUCCAGACACACCAGCAAAAUGAACGUGCUAACGGUCGUGGGCACAAUCAUGGUGUGUGUCUCCCUUUAUCACGUGACGCUUGGUACUGUGAUACAGCAAGUACUAGUGAAAGUAGAGAUAGGCGUGUCACAUAAGGACCGCAUCGCAGCUCAUCAUGGCCAAGAAAGACCACUAGCAGCUCUUAGCACGAAUGAGACCGGCGCCCUUGCUACUGGCAGCUCGCCGAUAGCUGUGACGUCACCACCAACGACUACCUUAAGGGAACAACCAUGGACCCCUACAAGUGCAGCAACUUCAGUCACAGCCACAAAGAACGUCGAAACAACCACAGCUCCAACUACCACUGAACCAGCCGUAUCUACUACUAGCAAUGAUCCAGGCAUAACUGAGACAUCCACAACAUUUACAACUGAGUCAGUCACAACCUUACCAUUAGGUUCCGACGACUUCUUCAAAAUGGCAUUAAUGGGCGAAUGCAGAGACGAGGGAGAAAUAUGCACCAACGGAGAAAACGCAACAUGUACCUCCAUCACAGACUGCCCACUCUUACAUCUGUGCUGUCCAUACACCUGUGGUAACAGAUGUGUACCACCAGCAAGGAAAAGAACUUCUACGGGGUCUGCAGAGAUUACUUCCUUCGGAUUCGUGAUUGACACAUGGUUCAACCAAUUUUCGACAGAGACCUACAGCAAUAUUGUUACUGCAAUCUGGGAUCGAAUAAGAUGGGAGAAGAAUCCCCCGUCAGUCAACGUGAUGGUCGCAAGCCUAUCCACCACGCGGACCGAUCCCAACGAGGCUGACCUUUGCGAGCUCUACCGUCAACUGGAAACGCUCAAUUUCGAUUUCCCGGCACUCAGACUACAAUAUAAUCCCUUUACCAUGAAUAAAAACGCCUUGUACAUCAUCACUGGAUCGGACUCUUACACUUUCUUCAGACAAUUCUGGUCUUUGAAAUCGAUCUUCGACUCGUUGUGCUAUGUUGUGGUUGAUGGCACCUCUCUUGAACACUACAACUUUCUUGCUACUGAAGAGAACGACGGCCAGCCUUGCGUCCUCACCCUCGAGCAGUUAGCCACACAUGGUUUCACUUCUGACGAUUUGCCUCCGCGUCCAAAUUGUAAACGUCAAGGCAGCGCCUGCUCGGACGACUCAGACUGCGGCACCCUGGCUCUCACGUGCAUCAACGGCACCUGCCAGCCCCCGGACUGCAACGCGCUCACGGCCGGACCUCAUCCGCGAUGCCACCUGGACUCGGGCUCAGAGCUCUACCAGUGUAAUUACACCGGAAGCACCAGUUCUGUGAUAUCCGAGUUACUCAAACAUCAGAAUUUCCCAUUCACUAGUGACACAACGGAGGACGUACCAGGUUGUUGUGACAAUGGACGAGUCUUAUGCCACGAGUUCCCGCUACGCUGUGUAGACCGGGAAAAGGUGUGUGAUACGAACAUCGAUUGCAUCACCGGCGAAGACGAGCAUUAUAAUACAUGCGAUAACAGAGUGUGUCGCGAGGACGAAUUUCGCUGUAGGUCAGGCCAGUGCAUUCCUCAGCACCAACGAUGCGAUACACGGAAAGACUGCUUGGACGGGUCGGACGAAAAGGAUUGCUCUCAGGUCAAGUGCAAUUUUUCACCAGCCUUCCAGUGCACGUCAGGUCAAUGUGUUCCUGUUGUUUACCAGUGCGAUGGUCCUGAGCAGUGUGUUGACGGCAGUGACGAGCUGGGCUGCGCCUAAGUGUGAUAUCCCUCAUGUUUUCUUGUUUUCAACAGCUAGGUAGCAUGUUUUAUCAUUUCGCAUGUUCGUUUAUUUAGGCCACCGUGAAUGAAGAGCUCUUUGAAGAACGUUUUUCAGAGUUUAUCAGUGCUACUAUCGCUAUCAUCUUAACCAACUGCCAGGUAGGUGACACUCAUUCAACUACUUCAGACGAUUUUCCAGUAAAAAAUAAAAUUUGUCAUAGGCUCAA